AUGUCUCGGUCAUUUUCUCAGGGACAGAUCUGCCGGAACAAGUCAGCACCCAGGCCUCACCCUGAGACUUCCUGUGCAGCUGACGUGCUCCUGGACCCAGACACUGCUCACCCCGAGCUCUUCCUGUCCCAGGACCAGAGGAGGGUGGGGCGGGGCCCCUCCAGGCAGAGCCUGCCCGACAACCCCGAGAGAUUCGACUGCCGGCCAUGCGUCUUGGGUGUGCAGGGUUUCUCCUCAGGGAGACACUCCUGGGAGGUGGAGGUAGGAAAUGUGAUGGUGUGGGCCGUGGGGGUCUGUGCAGACCGUGUGCAGAAAGGGGAGGCCCUGCUGGUCCCUCAGAAUGGCUUCUGGGUCCUGGAGCUGUUUGGACACCAGUGCCGGGUCCUGUCCUCUCUGGAGAAGACCCUUCGCCUGAGGGAGCGCCUUCACCAGGUGGCCGCCUUCCUGGACAGGAGGGACAGAUUAUUCACCUACACAUGCCCCCAUUCACUCUUCUCUGGGCCCUUGAGGUCCUUCCUCAGGCUGGUCGAUGACAGCCCCCUCUUCCUCUGCCCAGCAUUCACAGGGGCCCGGGGGGUCACUGUGCCUGAGGGUGGCCUGGUUCUCCAUGGAGCAGGGACCCACCGCAGCCACCAAGACCAGAGCCCUAGUCUCAGAGCCCAGGAGAGAAGCCCUGGCCGUCUCUGCUCACACAGCACAGCACCCAGAGGACUCGGCCCCUCCCUCUGGGCACAUCAGAGAACCUGCCCCACAGGCCCAGGACCCCUCUCCAGUCCCAGCCCAUCCCCCCUUCAGGCUGUUGCUCUAGCAGCUGGUGAGCUUGUCCCCGCAGGGCAGGGGCCUGUCUCAAGGGACCAGUGGUUCCACGUGGCUCCCAACCAAGGACAAUGUGGGACAGUGACAGGCUGA